AUGGCUGGCGCGAUUUUCAUCUGUCACGGGGCGUUCACGGGCAGCAACACGGCUAGUGACGCUGCCCGUGAACGUCCUGCACGUGCUCCUGCGGAUCAUAUGGUGUUUUGUUCUCGUAUAAGGAAUAACAUGUCGGAUAAUAAUAUAAACAGUUUAUUAACUGAAUGGGGAUUGAAUGCAGAAAUAAUUGCAAAUUUCGUAGAUAUUGAAAUAGAGCAAUUGGACAUCUUAACAGAGGAAGAUUUAAAAUUAUUAAUUCCACAAAUAGGACCUCGACGAAAAUUUCAAAAAAAUUUGAAGAAUUAUGUUUGCGAGUUACAAACAGAAGAGCAAGUACAUGUUAUUGACACUAAUCCUAAUAAAAAACUAAAAUCAGAUACAGAACAUCUAAAUAAAAAAGUUGUAACACAACAAGAAACUAUAAUUUUAACAGAGCACAAAUCUCAAAAUGCAGUAGUUCCAACAAAUCAGAGACCUCAAAAUACAAUCAUUACUACUGCGCAGCAAUAUACAAAUGUUGUAGCUGUUGAUCAACAACAUUUAAUCGAUGUAAAUAAUAUUCAGGAUAAUUGCUUAAUUACAAUAUCUGGACCUGACACAGGUUCAGAAUAUAGUGAUGUAUUGUCGAGUGAACUAAUUGAACAUGAUUUGAAUCAUGCAAAUAAUAGUGACAGAUAUGAUCUUGAAGCAUUAUUGAAAAAAUCCGAUGAUGGUUUAUUGUUGCUGCGUUCAUAUAAAAAUGAGGGCAAGUUAAAUAAUGAUUCAUGAAAUAAGCUUGCAAAAAUAAUUGUGAGCAAUGAAUUAAGCUGUAAUAUUAAUAAUAAUAUCACAAGUAACAGAGCAGCUUUUCUAAGUAAUCACGUCAAAAAGUUAUUUCCAAUUGAA